UUACCAACAAAGAUGGCGCACAGCCCGUCUCGUGUCUUUGCUACAGUUUCACCGACUGCUUGUGAUGUAUACCGAGACGAAAACGAAUUGGCGUUUAACCGGGGCCGCAAGCAAACACAUUUACACACGCAAAGCAACGCAAGAGUGGUUCAGAUGACAGGCUGCGCGGAGUUAUCCUGUCCUCCGGACCGCGCCACCGUCACCAUAAGCGUCAAAAACAGUAAAGAAAAUGUUAACGACGUGACCAACAGCGUUACCCGAAGACUGGAAUACAUACUACAGACUGUGAGACAGCAUGAUGUCAAGGAGGAAAACAUCACUGUGACCAAGCAUUUGCAAAGAGAGGAAGAGCUCUUCCACAUGCAAGCUGAGGUGCUUGUGGUGUUUUCAGAUUUUGAGAAGAUGCAACAAGCUCGCUCAGUUUUGAUUGAAAAACUUGACAAAAGCGUGUGUGUUGGUGACCCUCACUACAGUCACAGUGCCGAAAGCCUCGGUUUGUUAAGACGGCGAGUAUGUUUGGAAGCUGUGGACAAUGCCCGGCUAAAAGCCAGCGAGGCGUGUUGCAUUUUGGGACAAGCUCUGGGACGGCCACUGCUUGUACGUGAGGAGGAAUCACGAGAGUGGACCAGCGGCCAACAGGAAAUGACUGGCUCUCCUCUAACACCACAUCAGACUGGGGUUACAUUAGUCUCUGCCUCUUCACGUGUGUUUGUGACCUUUGAAUUGCGACCGAAGGACAGCAACAGGAGGAACUUUUGAAAUUUCCGUUCAGCAAUAUUAAUAAUAGUACGUUAUUUUAUUUUUUUGCUGUUUCAACCUGUAAACAAUGAAGCGAGCACAAUAGAGGAACACUGUUAUUCACAAAAGGGCCUUAAAAAUAAACAUAUAACUUUCUACUGGCGUUUUAACUUAAUAAAGUCCUCAAAUUCCAGAGUAUAAUGAAUAGCACUGUGUGCAGCUCAUAAGAUAAUGCUAACAUUUGUUCCAAACACUGAUAGAAAGCAUUGUUGAAUUCUGAAAGCAUACUUCAAAUGCAUACUUGCAUAUUGAUGCAUGAAUGUGUCUUGAACACGUAACGGAUGACAUCAUUAUUUGUUUCUACUAGAAAUCACUCACGGUCAUUUAUAUUGUAAUUUGUGACAACAACAUAUGGCUAGACAUGCUAGAUGACUAAAAAGAUCUUACUCACAGCCUCUAACAUGAUUUGUCUUUAAAGUUAAAACUGCACUGAAUGUCAGGGGAAAAAUA